GGGUCUCCCAAAUGCGCCGACAUUUGAAAGUUAUUCCGGAUUUCUGACGGUUGACGACCGGUUCAACAGUAAUAUGUUUUUCUGGUUCUUCCCAUCGUUUAAAAGCCCGAAAACCGCACCAUUAGUCGUAUGGCUGGAAGGAGGACCCGGAAUAUCAUCCAUAUUCGCGCUCUUUACUUACGGACCGCUAGUUGUGGACCAGGAGCUCAAUGUCACUAUAACUUCCAAUUCUUGGGCACAGGAGGUGUCCAUUCUAUACAUAGACAAUCCGGUGGGAACUGGAUUUAGUUUCACAGACAAUAAGCAGGGCUAUUCAACAAACGAGAACAUGGUUGCCGACAAUUUAUAUGAAUUUUUACUACAGUUUUACGCUGUGUUUAGUGAAUACAGAGCUAAUGAUGUGUAUAUAGCGGGCAUUUCAUAUGCUGGUCAUUACGUACCGGCGCUCGCAUACAAACUGAUGCAACAUUCAGACGAUUCACAAAUUAAUUUCAGAGGAGUAGCCAUCGGUAACGGUUGGAUCGAUCCAAUCAAUCAAAUAAAUACCGCCGAUGUCUACAAAAGCAUGGGUUUAGUGGACGAGUUAGAGGCCAUAGAAGUUAGUGAAUGGGAGGACAGUAUUAGGACUGCCAUUAAGGAUAAGGACUAUUUAAAAGCACUGCAAUUAAGCUCAGCUUUAGAGGUAUUUGGGACCAAUGUAACUGGUUAUUUACAGUUCUAUAAUGUAUAUGAUUCUGGUCCACCUUUCCAAUCAGCCAGUAAUUUUAUCAAGUACCUAUCACUGAACCAAACCCGUAAUGCCAUACAUGUCGGUGCUCUAGAAUAUAACUAUGAAAGCGAUACAGUUCUUGAAUACUUGAGUGAAGAUUACAUGAUGUCUAUGGCACCAAACCUAACGGCUAUUAUUGAUAACAAUUAUAAAGUGUUGUUAUUUACGGGAAAUUUUGAUAUUCUGAUAGGUAUUGACUCUAUCAUCGGGAUCCUCGAAAAUAAAGGCUGGAAAUAUUAUAAAGAUUACAGUUUAGCUAAGCGUGUCAUUUGGAAAGUACUGCCAACUGACUUACAAAUAGCCGGUUAUGCAAAGGGUUUCAACAACUUUAUACACGUUAUCGUCCGAAAUGCCGGACAUUACGCACCGUAUGAUCAGCCCAGGGCUACAUUAGAUAUGAUCACCAGAUUUAUUAAUGAUAAACCUUUUGAAUAGUAAUAGUAUUUAAUUAAAAAUAUUAAUUAUUAAUAGUAACUUAAGUUGUCAAAUAAUAAAAUAAAGUAAAAGCUAUUAAAUUGU